AUGUUGCCGAGCUACUCGACAACACUCUUUCCGGCUGUAAAUGGGGAUCGAACACCCUCACCGGCAUUUAUGCCGUCCAGCGAGGAUUAUGUAGAAUUGUUGAAGAGUCCAGACUUUGAUAUUCGAUUACAGACCCUGAAUCGUCUUAUGACAAUGGUAAAACGUGACCCCGACUGGUUCCCGAAAUUCACCAAAAAAGGCGAACUCUUCAAAGCACUUGACAAAAUCCUCACCGAAGACCGAUGGGAGGUGCAGCAUCAAAUGAUCAAGUUUUUGAUGGAAGCCAUGCCGAGCUUGGGCGCGAACCUGGAAUACUGUGCCUGCUAUUUAAUGCCAAAUUUGUUGACGAAAUUGGGAAGUCCGAAGGUUACGGUCAGAAGAAUCACGGUCCAGGCGGUGCAAAUGUUUCUUAGAAUGGUCCCACAGGGUCUGCCCGCCGUAUUGAAAAUGCUUUUAAAUUGUUUAAAUGAUUUAACGGAACGAUCAGUUAAACUGGAAAUGUUAUUGGAGCUUCCAAAUCUCUACAUUACCGAGGAGAAAACUGGAAAUUGGAAAAAUUUGAUUGAUUUGCUUACGACUCAAGUCCAAAACCAAGAUAAAGAAGUGGCCGAGAGAUCGGCUGAAGCAUUACGGAAGCUACAAGCUUUUAUCGGCCAAGAAGCCACGGAAAAAUUCCUAAAAGAAAUGUCUCCACAACAGCAGACGGCUUUUCGAGCAAAAAUCCGACCAACAGUCGCGGAGCCGACCGAAGAAACAGAGCCCGAUUCUGUUGCCCGGGGCCUCACCAAAUCCGGAGAAAGGAAGUUUCGCUACGCCAUCGUCCCUACUUACGUUGAGGCAAUGUUAAACGACGACGAUGCGUCGGCUAGAAUGGCCGCCCUUGAAAAGCUAAAAAGCAUCAUUGAGAAGAUCAGCCCUGAAGAGAUGGCAAAAUUUACGCAGCACUUGCAUUCGUAUUUUGUUCGAAUUGGGCAUGUUUUGGAGGAUUUGAAUUUUAAGGUCGUCGUGAUGGCAUUGGAUUUAAUAAGGCUGACUGUUAAUCGGCUAAAGCAAAAUAUAGAGGCGCAUUUGCAGCAAAUCGUUCAACUGGUUUCACGGCAUUUCGGGAAUCAAAAAGCCGUUGUGAAACAAAUUAUUAUGAUGACUUUCCAGGAUCUGUUCCAUACGCUAGUUCCGAAACGGGUGGUCGCCAUGCUGGCGGUAUAUUUGGACGACAAAAAUUCGCGGGUUCGAGAAGAGGUGCUCAACAUUUUAACUGUAGCCAUUAUGAACGCCAACCCUGGCCGGAUCAAUUUCAAGGCCGUAUCAAAUAUGUUGGUCCCAAUGUUGGUUGACCCUAAACGAAGAGUACGACUUGCCGCCUUCGAGCAUCUCUCAGUAGUAGCCUAUCUGAUGGAGGGAAAAAUUGAUCCACUAAUGCGUGCUGUAAAACAGAUGGAAGAAUCACAAGCGUUGGUCGGGCUGACAAAUGCAGUUAUGGCUCGCCUAAGCCGUCAUAUUCUACCCCGAAUUCGUUCUGACGGGUUGCUGGAGUACUCGACACCUCCUAUCACCGAUAGUGCAUUUGAUGUGGAUCCGAGCCAAAUGAAGGACAGCGAAAAUGCCGAUCUUUUCUGGAUCUUACAUGCAAAUAGUGGCGAGUCAGGCGAAAGACACGACGACCAAAGACCUCAAAAACGAGAAGUCCAAUGCCUUGGGAAGAGCCCAGCCCCGCCACCGGAACGG